AGGCAUUAUAGUAUUUAUAUGGUGGUGCUGGGAGGUAUUCUCUUCUUAUAUUGCCCCUAAAGGCCUCACCUUUCUCUCUAUUCUCCUUCUGUUUCUCUCUGAAGGCCUCUGGGAGAUGGGUGGAGCUCUUCUGCGGCUCCUGGGCUUCUGCUUCUGGGCAUUUCUAUGGCUCUCCAGCUUCGUCGCAGUGGACGCUGUUGGGGCUUCUCCGCCUGCUGGGGCCAGCAAGGGGACCGCCGUCGUCGAUGGGACAACUGCCAUUGCGGUCACUGACGAUGACUUCGUUUGCGCUACGCUGGAUUGGUGGCCGCCGGAGAAGUGUGAUUACGGGACUUGUAGCUGGGGCCUCGCAUCCGUGCUCAAUCUGGGCAACAAACUGUUGGACAAAGAGACAUUGAGCAAGGUUCUACGCACCCUAGUUCGUAGAUCACGGUGGUCUGUCUGGGUUGUCAGCAAAGGAGUUGCAGGAUGCUUAGAUUUGGAUGGGAUGGGCGCAGAGUGCAGAAUCUUUCCAACAAGAUUUUAUUGAAUGCUGUUAAAGAAUUUUCUCCAUUGAAACUCCGCAUUGGGGGCUCCUUGCAAGAUAAGGUCAUAUAUGGCGUGGAUCCUCAACAGCCAUGUACUCCUUUUGUUAAGAAAAAAUCUGAGAUGUUUGGUUUUUCUCAAGGCUGCCUACCCAUGCAUAGAUGGGAUGAACUCAAUGGUUUCUUCAAAAAAGCCGGAGCUGUAAUCAUUUUUGGGCUGAAUGCCCUUAAUGGAAGGGUUCAUUUGCCGGGUGGUUCUUUAGGAGGACCCUGGAACUCCACCAACGCUGCAUCUUUUAUUCACUACACUGUCAAUAAGGGUUACACUAUCCAUGGUUGGGAGCUUGGCCUCUGGGAGAUGGGUGGAGCUCUUCUGCGGCUCCUGGGCUUCUGCUUCUGGGCAUUUCUAUGGCUCUCCAGCUUCGUCGCAGUGGACGCUGUUGGGGCUUCUCCGCCUGCUGGGGCCAGCAAGGGGACCGCCGUCGUCGAUGGGACAACUGCCAUUGCGGUCACUGACGAUGACUUCGUUUGCGCUACGCUGGAUUGGUGGCCGCCGGAGAAGUGUGAUUACGGGACUUGUAGCUGGGGCCUCGCAUCCGUGCUCAAUCUGAGUUGCAGGAUGCUUAGAUUUGGAUGGGAUGGGCGCAGAGUGCAGAAUCUUUCCAACAAGAUUUUAUUGAAUGCUGUUAAAGAAUUUUCUCCAUUGAAACUCCGCAUUGGGGGCUCCUUGCAAGAUAAGGUCAUAUAUGGCGUGGAUCCUCAACAGCCAUGUACUCCUUUUGUUAAGAAAAAAUCUGAGAUGUUUGGUUUUUCUCAAGGCUGCCUACCCAUGCAUAGAUGGGAUGAACUCAAUGGUUUCUUCAAAAAAGCCGGAGCUGUAAUCAUUUUUGGGCUGAAUGCCCUUAAUGGAAGGGUUCAUUUGCCGGGUGGUUCUUUAGGAGGACCCUGGAACUCCACCAACGCUGCAUCUUUUAUUCACUACACUGUCAAUAAGGGUUACACUAUCCAUGGUUGGGAGCUUGAGUUGCAGGAUGCUUAGAUUUGGAUGGGAUGGGCGCAGAGUGCAGAAUCUUUCCAACAAGAUUUUAUUGAAUGCUGUUAAAGAAUUUUCUCCAUUGAAACUCCGCAUUGGGGGCUCCUUGCAAGAUAAGGUCAUAUAUGGCGUGGAUCCUCAACAGCCAUGUACUCCUUUUGUUAAGAAAAAAUCUGAGAUGUUUGGUUUUUCUCAAGGCUGCCUACCCAUGCAUAGAUGGGAUGAACUCAAUGGUUUCUUCAAAAAAGCCGGGUACUUUGAUUAUUUAAACUUCCUAUAAAUGCCUCAUGGACUAGUUUUUCCCUUGAUCCCACUAGAAAAAUUCUGUUAGGAUAGUAUGCGUUCAUAAUGAAUGCUUUCGUGGUAGGCGUAUCCUGCAUUUCUCA